CGAGGGGCGCUCAUUUCGGGGAGAAGGGGCAGCACCAUGGACAGCAGCAAGCUCCGCGCGCGCGGGCCGGGGAGGGGACAGCCGGCAGCACCCGGGACAGCGCCAGCGCGGCGCGCUCAGGGCCGAGAGGCGGCCUCAUCAGCUGAUGCUUUACGUAGGCUGGCUCCCUAGUUUGAUAAGGCGGGUCCGGUGGGCGCGCCAGCCCUGGCUCUGCGGGGCCGCGGCCCCACACGGGGCGGGAAGGGGCCAGGACCGAGCAGAAGGCAGGUCCCUGCCGGGCUUCCCCCAUCGCGGAGUUGCGGCUGCAGCCCGCCGCCGCUGCGGAGAGAAAGGGGCGAGCGGGGAGGCCACGCGGCGAGAACUACUGCGCUGACGCACCAGCCCUCUCGGCGGCCACACGCCCCGGGGCCGCGCAGCUUGUCCCCGACACUUGGGGGACGCUCGACUCUAGGCAAACAAACUGCUGUGUCUCCGCCGAGGCGAAGCGCCUUGGGCGUGCGACCCUUAGGCGGGCCCUGGCUAAGAGACGCAGCCCCCAGCCUCCGAGGACUUCAGAUCUGCCGCCGGCUUGCAGCCCAGCGCCCGCCCCUCUGCCACACCGUCUCCCACGGAUGCAGGAGAUCGGCCCGUUUCAUAAUCGCUCCCCAGAAACCCUGCCACUGGCCAGAGGGGACAAGCCUCGGGAGUGGCUUCCAGCACAGUGGCCACCGUGCGUUCUCCUGAGCGCCCCUUUCCUACACACCACGGAGCCGGCCUCCUGACCCAGAGAUGGACCCGCCUGCGAACCUCAGCUACUUCACCCUCUCCACCCCCGCCCCUGGAGAGGCCAACCGCAGCAGCUUCGACGCAGCAGACCCGCGCCCCAGACUGCCCCUGCUCUCCGUCUUCGGGGUGCUUGUCCUGACCUUGCUGGGCUUCCUGGUGGCGGCCACAUUCGCCUGGAACCUGCUGGUGCUGGCGACCAUUCUCCGCGUGCGCACGUUUCACCGCGUUCCGCACAAUCUGAUGGCGUCCAUGGCCAUCUCGGACGUGCUGGUAGCCGCUCUGGUCAUGCCGCUGAGCCUGGUGCACGAGCUGUCCGGGCGCCGCUGGCGGCUGGGCCGGCGGCUGUGCCAGCUGUGGAUCGCGUGCGAUGUGCUCUGCUGCACCGCCAGCAUCUGGAACGUGACGGCCAUCGCGCUGGACCGCUACUGGUCCAUCACCCGUCACCUGGAAUACACACUCCGCGCCCGCAGGCGCGUCUCCAACGUCAUGAUCGCGCUCACCUGGGCGCUCUCCGCUGUCAUCUCCUUGGCCCCGCUGCUUUUCGGCUGGGGGGAGACCUACUCAGAGGGCAGCGAGGAGUGCCAGGUGAGCCGCGAGCCCUCCUACACCGUGUUCUCCACCGUGGGCGCCUUCUACCUGCCGCUCGGCGUGGUGCUCUUUGUGUACUGGAAGAUCUACAAGGCCGCAAAGCUCCGCGUGGGCCCCCGGAAGACCAACAGCGUCUCACCCAUAUCCGAAACCGUGCAGGGGAAGGGCGCGGCUCAGCGGCCUGAGAUGGUCCUCGCCGCACGCCGCGCCACGGUCACCUUCCAGGCCGAUGGGGACACGUGGCGCGAGCAGAAGGAGCAGCGCGCCGCCCUCAUGGUGGGCAUCCUCAUCGGGGUGUUCGUGCUCUGCUGGAUCCCGUUCUUCACCGCCGAGCUCCUCAGGCCCCUGUGCGCCUGCGAUGUCCCCGCCACCUGGAAGAGCGUCUUCCUGUGGCUUGGCUACUCCAACUCCUUCUUCAACCCCCUCAUCUACACGGCCUUCAACAAGAACUACAACAGCGCCUUCAAGAACUUCUUCUCUAGGCACCACUGAGCGCGAGGCUGGCAAGGCAUGGGGUACUCGCCCAUCUCCCCAUCCCCACCUGGCAACCACCUGCCAGAGACAGGCCUUCGAGGUCCCCAGGGUGGCCCCCAGAGCCAAGUGGCUCACUGCCGCACUCCCGGCAGGAAGGCGAGUCUCCACGGGCAGUUCCCGGGACCUCAUUUUAUCCCAUUUAUCUGCUUGUCCUCACUUCACACUGAACAGCCACGGACUUGGCCCACCAAGUGCCCUUUCCUCUCCAAAGUCCACCGCAGCAUGGUUUAGCGUCAUCCCAGAAAAGUCAAACCAGCCAGAGGGGAGGGAGGAAACAGAGCAGUCCAGGCAGGAUGAGGACAGACAGGCAGUGAUGAGCAAGGAGUCAUAACGGGGACAUCUAGGGGGAAGGAAACCACAACUUCGAGUUUCCCAGAACAGUCCCCACUUCCAGGGCUCCAUUCCGUGGUUCCAGAAAGUUCACCCUAGUACUUACCAUGUCCCAAUAUUUGCUCACGAAACAUUCUCUCUGAACAUAUCAAAGUACACAAGCACAUCUGCAAGACCAGUCAAUAUGGCCCCACACACGUGCACACCGAACCUAUGGAAGAGGCAAGUGUUCCCACUGGCCACUUUAUUCUAAAAUGCAACCCAAGAGCUUGGAACUGGAACUGAAAGUCAAAUCAAAUACCGCCUUCCGUUUUGAAUCAACUGUCCACAACACAGAGAUAUCUACUAGCUCCGUAGAAUCUGUCAAAUUUGCUUAUUACUAUGGGUUCCAUUUGUAUAGAAUUUAUUCAAAUGUUGCCAAACAAAGAUUUCUAGCCUCGGAUCAUGAGUUUAGAAUAACAAAACUGUCACAACAUUGUUGACUUCUUAAACAUAGUUUCAUCACUAAGGGCUAUGAAGGCUUAUUCACCAACCAGGGGCACUUUAGGGUGAUGGGUGAUUGAUCUGUUAGCUGCUGCUGUGCACUGGUAUGUACACACCCACUGUGAGACCGAUACUGGCAACGAUGAAAGCAGAAAAGUGGUAACACUUUAGUGAACACGUCAAUGUAACUGGUGAGGCAAGACAAUUAAGUGAUGAUGUGGUGUUUAUGUGAUCAAACAAAACUUUAAAAAGGUCUUGGACAAUAAAACGGCCUGUGGUUUGCUAUGUCCCUGAUUCUCUGAAUGCAUGCAUUUAAAAAUUAUAUGUCUGAAUUAUUACAGUACAGAUAUAUUGUUAUAUGUAUUAUUUUGUACAUACUAAAUCAUAUUAAUUAACAUAUUAAAAAUAGGAAAUCUA